CUGAGAGCUAGCAAAGCAAAACCGAACCGAACUGAACCAAAUUAGCCCUACAUCGUCACGUCACCCUUAUCAAAGAUUUAAACUACCUAGAUUUUAACCACCACCUUCAAAAACUCCACAUACAACCACGCAAUGCCGCGAGGUCGGACCUUCGCUACCAUAAUACUCACCAUCUCUCUCCUGAUCCUCGCGGUCUCGGCCAACUUGAGAGAUCACAUUCUUCAUGUCAACCAUGUUGACGCAACAAACGCCAAUGCUAAUCCCAAUGAUAAAUCACAGGAAAUAGCCAAUGCCGCCGACCACAUUGGCAAGGCAGUCAAGGGCAUUGCCAACACCGCGAAUAGCCUUCUCAAUAACCUGGCCACCGCGUUGAAACCAAACACGGACAACUUCACCGAGUACCCUCGACCGGCGCUGGUCCAAGAGUUCCUCAUGGCCCAUAACGAGAUCCGAAGGGAGGAGAAGAUGAAGCCGUUGGUGUGGAACGACACGAUGGCCCAGUUGGCGGAGGACUGGGCCAUGAAGCAGGAUCAUCACGACUGUCAAAUGCAGCAUUCAUCGUAUCAAGGUAUGGGGGAGAACUUGUUCUGGGCUUACAAAGCGCAUUGGCUGCCGAGGGAGGCAGUGCAUGACUGGGGACAUGAGAAGGUGUACUACAACAAAGAAAAGCGCGAGUGCGAGCCAGAUAAACCAUGCGCACAUUACACGCAGAUUGUAUGGAAAGACACUGAACAAGUAGGAUGCGCCCGACACAAAUGCUCCAAUGGAAAUUUGCUAGUUGUUUGUGAAUAUUAUCCUCCUGGAAAUUGGGUCGGCAUGGAUCCCUUUAACCCAAUCCCUUUAUCUCAAUUAGCUCAUCAUAACCUGUCGACGACUGCGCCAUCACCACCAGCAUCGUCGCUUUCUCGGCCGCCACCACCAUCAUCGCCUAAUGGUGAGGCUUCAAAUUCAGGUGGCAAACAUUUGAUGAAACGAAAGGGUAAUAAGGGUGGGGGUCAUCAUGUACCCCGUGGACAAAAUGGACAAGGUCAAGGUCAAAAGGGUAAUCAAGCCCCAACUAAUCACGGACAAGGUCAAAAGGGUAAUCAAGCCCCAAAUAAUCAGAGACACGGUCAAGGGUCUCAUGGUGGCGGUGGCGGUCACCAUCGUCAACACUAGGGUUAGCCUAAACAUCUGACCGCCACCACCUCAACUCCGAUCAUCUCAACCUUCAUGUUCUAGCUGUUGGCGUGGCAUGCCUUUUCAUACGAGCAUCUAAGACGCUUAUUUUAUGGAGCCAUUUUGGCAUUCUUCUUUGGCCAUUUGUAGUCGAAGAUGAAUAUUUUGAAAUUGUAUCUAAAAUCGUAGGAGGAGUAGAGUGCAGGCUAAAGGAAGAGUGUUGAACUUACCUAUCCUACUUUAUUACAUCAAUGGUAUUAUUCCUUUUAUCAUUUUUGUUGGUAAGCGAUGUUGUUCUUUUACAACCACGCGUAAUAUCAUGUGUUUGUGGCCCAAAUAAUUAAAUAACAUGAUGGAUGUAUAUGUAUAUUUGUCACUUAAGGCUCUUUCACCGCACAUGAUUUAACUGAAAUUGAGAACUAUCAAAAUUUCAAGAUAUAUUGAUAGUAGAAGUGAAUGGUUGUUCAAGGGGAUUAGAAGACGAUUAGCUAUGAAGGAUAGUCAUCCCUUCUAAUCCUACCGUUUUAUGGAGGAC